AUGAGGAGUUUAUUGAAAACGGUAAGAUCUCCGCCAUUUUUGAAAAAUCGAACCAAGGAUGGAUAUACGACGUGAAAUGCGGUGGAUGAUGAAUGAGAGAGGGGACAAGGUUGAUAGGGGGGAAGCCAAUCUGAGUAGCACGGUAGAAGACAGGAUAUUCAGGCUGUUUGUACUAUACGUGAUCAGCGGAGGAUGCCCAUGGGCAAAAAAAUGGAUAACGAUGAUGGGAGGGAAAGAUCGAGAUGUAUCGACUGAAGACUCAGGUGUGUACGUGUUGGUGAGUCCGUGGUGCCGACACUUCUACAUCGGCUGCACGUCACGGAAAGUGAUUGUGAGGUGGACAGAUCAUGUGAAGAAGGCGGUAAGUGGGAGCUUGGAGAACGCUCCUAAACUGCAUGCAUGGCUAAGGAUAUUUGGAUGGCGCAAUUAUCUUGUCCUGCCCCUGGUUAGCAACACGCAAGAUCCGAUGAAGGUUGAAAGAGCUCUUAUUAGGCGGUUCUCGCCCGCACUGAAUACUCAAGGAACCAGGAAGGAAGAAGGGAGAGUAAGGAGAAGGAAGGGAAGGAGGGAGGGAGGGAAGAGGAAGUACGAGCACAUGGGAGGGUCGAUUAUCCGGUUUCACGGAAGGGAAUCGAUCAUUGACUUAGUGAAAGAGAUGAGUAGAACUCAGGGUGAUCAUCGCAUCACAAGUACGGGUGGUAACAUGUGGAUCGAUAUAUGGAGAGUAGUGAAAGGAAAGAUCGGACAGAGUUCGGUGAGUGUUGGGGGAAGGGCGAUUCUAAUUAAAGACUGUAAAGGAAUAUUGGAGGGAGGGGGGGAGUUCCCGCUGAUCGAUAUAUGGAUUGUACCUGCAAGCCUGGAGCACCGUCGGAAUAUCCUAAGGGAGCUAAGGAGGAACCCGGACAAAGUUCGGGGCAUGUACAAGAAGAGUUCACAAGAACUGAUUGCAAUGUAUCGGACGUGCUCCCUGUUCGCGGAUAAGAAGGUGUGGAAUCGGCUUAAGACCACCAUCACCAAGGUGGUGAAGACGAAGUAUGGUGCCGAAGUGAGGAGACGACCGUGUGUCAAGGUACCGUUCUCGCCGUCGAUUCGGAUGGGUGAGGUUAUGAGAGUUGCAGCAAGUAUCAUCGAGCAGACGAUUUCCGAUCGGUGCAUUCGACGGUUCGUAGUAACGAAGGUGAGAGCAGUAACCAAGAAGAGGAGGACGAUUGGUAGUAUCAUUCACAACCACCGGACGUUUGCCAAGAUGGAUCAAGCUCAGUGCAGAUGUGGUGACGUGGACCUACCGAAGAUCGAAGAGCAUGUGAAAAUAAGGUUAGAUCGGAUUUAUGGUGUUCCUAGAUUUAUCACAAAUUCUAGGAACGUGACUAGUGGAUACGUGAUUCCAGAAGAGAUGUUAUGGGAAUGUAUCAUGGAGGGAGUAGGGCUGUGGACGAAAGGAAGACAGGUCCUGAUCGAUCGAUCGGAGGUGCGCAAGUGCUACCAAGUUAGACAGCCUGAGCAUUCAGCAGCAAUGUCGGUAAGAGAAGUCAUGGACUGGGUGAAGCCGUAUGAAGUGCUGGUUGCAGUUCCUAUUGACAGGAACCCGGGCGCAACUUUGUUGAUAUGUCCGUAGCUGUAUAAUGAGGCGUGUAGGAAUACCUUUAAUCACAACG